AUGGAAGUGAUGCAGUCGGAUAUUCAGAGGCUAGGAGUGCUCACUUUAAUGUCGACGCCUGUUGAUAUGCACGCCAUCACCCUGUGGUCCCUACUACAUUCACCCUGUCUCAGCUGUUUAGACUUUCCUAGCGGGCUAUUGCUUACUAGCCCCGUGCUUGAAGAUUUUCAUUUACUCCCUUUUUGGCUGUUUUACUCAAUGGAGUUGGCUUCUAGCCUCUCGACGGAUGAAAUCAAACAAUCUUUAAGAGAAAUUGCCAAGAAAUCUGGCAAAAACAUCCCUCUCACAAAAUAUUUAUGCAUUCCAUCGUCAAAGCAGCUGCAAAAGAGAAUCCCCGUCUGGAAUGCAUCAUCGCCACUGCUCUCCUUGCUGAAACAUGCUUUGCAUCUCUAUGGUGAUGUUCCCACGACUCGUGAAACUGGACAAUCCAAAGACACCAGUAAUAAACAUAGCGUUUCUUAUGAAGGAGUGAAAGGUUCCCCACAGCACUAUCCUAAAAAGCACUCCAGGGUUUUGAAAGAUGUCAAACUGAAGCUGUCGGCUGAUCCCAAUCACAAGUUAUUUUGGUCACACGUUAUUUUCGGAGCGAACCAAAUUUCGCGAGCUUUGGAAUCAUCCCAGCGUUUUAACGAGGCCGAACUGGCCUCCCGGACCCACCUUUUGGAGUGCGUGUUGUUGGAUGCCGAAUGGAUAACCUCCCAGAUGGGGCAUCACAUCGCGCAUCUGUGCGCCGAUUUGGGGAUUCGAUUGGUAUCCGUUACUCCGGCAGGAGAACUCGCCUCCUGUCUUUCCACUCCUCUGCAUCCGAUGAAAAAGGCGAUUGCAGUUGGCAUUCGUUCCUCAGUGAACACUCCUCCGGAAUUAAUCGAUUGGAUUGCGAAACUCAAAAUGGAAUUGGAGCCUCUCGCUCUUCCAAUCGCACUGGACGCAGCACUUCAUCCACCGUCCACGGCUUCCAGUAAUAGUCCCGUGUCCGUGCAAUCAGUUCCUACGAAGUCGCAGACAUCUGUGAGUGGAUCAUUUUCUCAUUCGGUCCAUACGCAUCAUAGGUACAAUUACGACAUCCUCUGA